AUUAUUAGAAUGUCCUUGGAAAAAUAUGGAAGUUUGUAAAAAUGAUUGGCAGCUUAUGAAUAGUGAUAAAGAAAAGCUUCAAUAUGCUGUAUUUUGCAAUUUGUGGGAAAAAGGAUAUUAUAUUACACCAGGAAUCAAAUUUGGAGGUGAUUUUUUGGCUUAUGCAGGAAAUCCAACACUAUACCACGCCUUGUAUAUAAUUGUAUGUGUGCAGUAUGAGGAAACUUUUUCACCACUUAGGUUAAUUGCACUUAGUAGACUAGGAACCCAUGUAAAGAAAACAGCAGUGUUGGCAACUGUAAAACCAUCUGGAAGAGUCGACUAUUUAUCUAUCAAAUGGGAAGGAUCGCGCAAAUUGGAUAAUCCAAUAAAAGAAACUGAUUCAUAAAUGGUGUACUUUUAUUUUUAUUGUGAAAUAAAAAUCAUUGCAAUAUAUCAAAUUUUCAAGUGCAUAUUAUUAAAAUACUGUAUUUUUUUCUGAGGCUAGAAUUUACAA